AUGGAUGCACGUAUCGAUUCAAGGGCGCCGUCGGUCGAAGGCAACGACAAUGCAGACAUCAACGCUCCGCUCAAGGCUGCCCCGAAGCUAGUCGCUCCCGAGCCUGAACACUGCCCUGGUCCUGAAUCGCAAAGCGCCGGCAAGGGCGAUGCUUGCGCCGGCUGUCCAAACCAGCAAAUCUGCGCCACCGCUCCCAAAGGUCCCGAUCCAGACAUUCCCCUCAUCACUGCCCGUCUUGCGUCCGUCAAGCACAAGAUUCUCGUCCUCAGUGGCAAGGGAGGCGUCGGCAAGUCCACCUUCACCACCAUGCUAGGCCAUGCCUUCGCCGCCAACCCGGACGCCCAAGUAGGCAUCAUGGACACGGAUAUCUGCGGACCCAGUAUCCCCAAGAUGAUGGGAGUUGAACAAGAGACGAUCCACGUCAGCAAUGCUGGCUGGAGCCCUGUUUGGGUUACCGAGAAUUUGGGUGUCAUGAGCGUCCAAUUCAUGUUGCCAAAUCGCGAUGAUGCCGUCAUCUGGCGUGGUCCCAAGAAGAAUGGCUUGAUCAAGCAGUUCCUCAAAGACGUUGAGUGGGGCGAGCUGGAUUACCUCGUUGUCGACACUCCUCCUGGAACCAGUGAUGAACAUUUGAGUGUCAACAGCUUCCUCAAAGAGUCUGGUGUUGAUGGUGCUGUUGUUGUCACCACUCCCCAAGAAGUUAGUCUGCUCGAUGUACGCAAGGAGAUCGACUUCUGUCGCAAAGCAGGCAUCAAGAUCCUCGGCAUUGUCGAGAACAUGUCAGGGUUUGUCUGUCCCAAGUGCACACAUGAGAGUCAGAUCUUCAAGGCCACCACUGGUGGUGCCAGACGUUUGGCUCUGGAUAUGAAUAUUCCUUUCCUCGGCGCCGUUCCUCUGGAUCCUCGUAUUGGUAUGGCUUGCGACUUUGGCGAAAGCUUCUUCGACAACUUCCCUGACAGCCCUGCUUGCAAGGCUCUGCGCGAUGUCGUUCGCAGAGUUGGCGAAGAGAUGGGUGUUGACACAACAUACAAUGAAGAUUGA